CAAUCGAAUUUAAUCUCUUAAGGAAUAAACUCUCCUAUUGGAUGUCGGAUAUCGCGCAUUGGACACCGCAUGCAACGUGAACUGGCCCUUACUUUUUAUAUUCCCCUCCUCUAAACACCUUUACGGAUGUUCAAUUAUUUCGUAUUUAUAUUCAUUCAUAUCGUCUGAAUUUACCAUUAAACUUGCUUGUCAUUUAUCAAGCAUUGUUUUAAAUACACCGGCUAAAAUUAAUCGAUGUUAAUUAAUUGGAAGAUAAGAUUAAAUGAUAAGAUAAACAAAAUAAGAGUUUAUAUAUAUACAUAAUAUAGAGAGGAAUCGUCGAUAUAAAAAGAGUGAUAAAAAAUAACAAAGGACAAGAGCUAAAAUUUGAAUAAGACAAAGAACAAAGUGAAUUACUGGCACUUUAGAAUGACUGAGCAUAUUUUUCCAAAAUUGCGAAAUGAUCGAAUACUUAGAGCAGCACGUGGAGAGCCGGUUGACAGGGUGCCGGUUUGGGUUAUGAGACAAGCUGGCAGAUACCUUCCGGAAUUUCAGGAAGUCCGAGCCCAACAUGAUUUCUUCACUGUUUGUCAAACUCCAGCAUUAGCAUGUCAAGUGACUUUGCAACCGAUAGAACGUUUUGAUUUGGAUGCCAGUAUAAUCUUCUCAGAUAUUUUAGUGAUCCCUCAAGCAAUGGGUCUGAAGGUUGAGAUGGCAGCAGGUAUGGGUCCAGUCUUGCCUCAGCCUUUAGCCAAUCCAAAUGAUUUAGCAAGACUCGUACAACCAAAUGUGGAAGAAGCUUUAAAGUAUGUCGGAGAUGCUAUAACGUUGACUAGACACAAACUGGAUGGGAAAGUACCGUUAAUAGGAUUUACCGGAGCACCUUGGACCUUGAUGGGUUACAUGAUUCAAGGAGGCGGAAGUUCUACAAUGGCAAAGGCAAGAUCAUGGUUGUACAAGUACCCAGAAGAUUCUCAUAAAUUGUUGCAGAUGAUUACAGAUGUAAUUGUGGAUUAUUUAGUUAUGCAAGUGAAAGCUGGUGCUCAGUUACUCCAAGUAUUUGAAAGCAGUGGAGAUUACCUGGAUGAUGCUUUGUUCACAAACUAUUCCUUUAAAUAUCUAAAACAAAUUAGCAAACGUGUACGAGAACAAUUGAGAGAAGCAAAUAUCCCGGAAGUACCUAUGAUUGUUUUCCCAAAAGGUGCAACUAUGAAUUCUUUAGGAAUUCUUGCAAAAGAUCAAAGUUACGAAGUCAUAGGUUUAGAUUGGACUGUAGAUUCUACAGAAGCCAGAGAACGUCUUGGGCCUAAUGUCACAUUACAGGGUAACAUGGAUCCUUGUGCGAUGUACUCGUCACAGGAUGAAGUUGUUGAUCGUGCGCAAAAAAUGGUGAAAAGUUUUGGUAAAGAUCGAUAUAUUGCUAAUUUAGGGCAUGGUAUCUUACCAGACAUUCCCAUUCCAUCCAUGGAGGCUUUUAUUAAGGGUGUUCAUUCUGUGUAAGCAUAUUUUUUACAAUCAUAAACUUGCAUAAACGUUAUAUACAUUUGUUACAAAUAAUUAUCGUUAUGCUCAGUUGUUUUACCACUUUGUUAACGCGUCUGUUGGAAUUUCAUAAUAUUUCCAAUGUCAAAAGUAUCUUUCGGAUAUUAUUUUUCAAUAAAGGGAAAUCUUGACUA